AAAGGCAUAAAUAACAGCAGGAGUGAUCUAACCCUAUACAGCCCAUCUUCUACGUGCAAAAACAGCGUGCAGAGGACGGCCACAUCUCCUACUGAAAUCAAGUGGAUCUCUGUGGAUAAGAGCACCGGGCAGCCAUGGAAGAACUUACAGCUUUUGUAUCCAAAUCUUUUGACCAGAAAAGCAAAGAGAGCAGCAGCGGCAGUGGCAGCAGCAACAAGAAGGAGACGAUCACGUACAGGGAAGUUUUGGAGAGUGGGUUGGCUCGCUCUAGGGAGCUUGGAAACUCAGACUCUAACCUGCAGGACAUGACCGAGAGCAGCAACCAUUGCCCGGUGCAUCUUUUCAAGGACCACGUAGACAGCGACAAGGACAAACUGAAGGAGUUCAGCACGGGCAGGACGGCGGAAGGGAUCUACGAGUGCAAGGAGAAGAGGGAAGAUGUGAAGUCAGAAGAUGAAGAUGGACAGACCAAGCUCAAACAAAGGAGAAGCAGAACCAAUUUCACAUUAGAGCAGCUGAAUGAGCUGGAAAGACUUUUUGAUGAGACUCACUAUCCGGAUGCCUUCAUGAGGGAGGAACUAAGCCAGAGGCUGGGACUGUCUGAAGCUAGGGUUCAGGUCUGGUUCCAGAACAGGAGAGCAAAGUGCCGAAAGCAGGAAAAUCAGAUGCACAAAGGUGUGAUCCUGGGAACUGCCAGCCAUUUAGACGCCUGCAGAGUGGCCCCGUAUGUGAAUAUGGGAGCCUUGAGGAUGCCUUUCCAACAGGUCCAGGCGCAGCUGCAGCUGGAGGGCGUAGCCCACGCGCACCCGCACCUGCACCCGCACCUGGCGGCCCACGCGCCCUACCUGAUGUUCCCGCCGCCGCCCUUCGGGCUGCCCAUCGCCUCCCUGGCGGAGUCCGCCUCCGCCGCCGCCGUGGUGGCCGCCGCCGCCAAGAGCAACAGCAAGAACUCCAGCAUCGCCGACCUGCGGCUCAAGGCCAGGAAGCACGCUGAGGCCCUGGGGCUCUGACACGCUUCGGCCGCCCCCCGCCCGCGUGCCCGCGCCGCGCGUGGGGCGUGUGCGUGAGACCCCGCGGACUGUCGCGCGCCCUCCUCUCCCCCGUCUCUCCGCACCGCCUCGACGCCGCGGCUCCGGCACCCCGGCCGCAGGGAGAGCAGCGGGGGCUCCGUGCCGUGCCGGCUGGUUUCCUUUCUCGUGUGUGUGUGUUCUCCCCUCUCCCCCCCCCUUCUUUUUCUUCUUUCUUAAGGUCUGCGAGUACUUCCAGGCCCUCUCCCGCGGCCCUUCUCGCGCCGCCCCGCCCUCUCGCGCGCAGAGACUUCGCGGCCGGGGCGAAGACCGAGGUGGUUGGCGGCCGUUGGCAUUGUGGCACGUGCAAAACUCUCGGACCGCACCCCGCGCUAGGGCGAAGUCACCCCGAGUCCCAGUUCAGACACACACGCGCGCAGCAAACACACGCCCCAUAAAUCAAAGACUUCUUGGAGGAAAAAGUAGGUGGGAGGAGGAGGAGGAGGAAAAAAAAAAAAAAGGAAACAAUCUCUAAAUUAUGUUAAUCUGUGAACAUUGGGACACUUUGGAUUUUGACCCUGGCAAAAGUGAUCACUCCAGCAUAACAUCAUCUGCUGCUGUCAAUUUUGCUACCUUGUGCAUGUGUCUAACUAAACACAUUCUGAAGAUCAAAAAUAUAUUAGAACAAAACUAAACAAAACAUAAUAAUAAUAAAUAAUAAAUCCUUGGGGCUGGUCUCCAUUAAAGAUGA